AUGGAAAAAGGAGGAGGAGCAGCAACAGCAACGGCCACGAACAAGGUGGCGUCGGCGAUGGAUUUAUUCGAGAAGCUGGAGAAAGUAGGAGAGGGAACAUACGGGAAAGUGUACAGAGCAAGAGAGAAAGCCACUGGGAAGAUCGUUGCUCUAAAAAAGACACGUCUCCAUGAAGACGAUGAAGGAGUCCCACCCACCACUCUUCGUGAAGUCUCCAUUUUGCGUAUGCUCUCCAGAGACCCUCACGUCGUCCGAUUGAUGGACGUGAAACAAGGGCAGAAUAAAGAAGGCAAGACAGUUCUGUACCUUGUUUUUGAGUACAUGGACACCGAUCUCAAGAAAUUCAUCCGAACCUUCCGCCAAACUGGCGAGAACAUUCCUGUCAAAACUGUUAAGAGCUUGAUGUAUCAACUAUGCAAGGGUGUGGCUUUCUGCCAUGGCCAUGGAGUCUUACACAGGGAUCUUAAGCCUCAUAACCUCUUGAUGGACCGCAAGACCAUGAUGCUUAAAAUAGCUGAUCUUGGACUAGCUCGGGCAUUUACCCUUCCUAUUAAGAAGUAUACCCAUGAGAUAUUGACUUUGUGGUAUAGAUCUCCUGAAGUCCUUUUGGGGGCUACCCAUUACUCAACUGCAGUGGAUGUUUGGUCUGUUGGCUGUAUAUUUGCUGAACUGGCCACAAAGCAAGCACUCUUCCCUGGAGACUCUGAACUGCAACAGCUCCUGCAUAUUUUCAGGUUAUUAGGUACUCCAAAUGAAGAAAUGUGGCCAGGAGUAAGCAACCUGAUGAACUGGCAUGAGUAUCCUCAAUGGAAACCUCAGAGUUUGUCAUCAUCUGUUACUAAUUUGGACAAGGAUGGGCUGGAUCUUCUAUCACAAAUGUUGCAGUAUGACCCUUCAAAGCGUAUCUCAGCAAAAAAGGCCAUGGAACAUCCUUACUUCGAUGAUCUCGACAAGGAGCAUCUUUAA